CAUCAUCAAACCAACGUCAUUCGUACGAUCCAGAGUCCCCGAAACCAAACAAUGGCACUGAAAUUCACCCGAAAAGAUGAAUAAAACGGGAAAUCGGAUACCCAAUUAACCAAAAUGGCAAAAUAUCCUCAAAACUUUCAUCUCACUUCUCGACUUCUUCGUCUUCAGCUCUGAAAUCUCCAAAACCCAGCAACUUCACAGCUCAAAUGUCUCAUGGAUCAAUCUGCAUAUCUUUUUUAAUCCCUAAACUACCCCUAUACUUUUACUAAAUGCCAAAUCUAAACUACUCAAGGCAACAAAUAAACGCCCGUCCCAAGAAAACCCAAGAACCAAUCCAGAAUCAAAGUUCAAAAAGGGCAAUCAAAACAUGAUCGUUAGAACUUACGGUCGCCGAAACCGUGGAGGAGUUCCCAGAACCUGUUCCGAUUCUGUUGAGGACGACGCCGGCGUUUUCGAUUCUCUGUCCCAAGAGACAUCUCAAGGUUUCUGCAGCUUCAAUUUCUCGUCUCAAGAGUCGAGCUCCAUCUGGUCUUCCUCCUUCGAUCACGACCUUUACGGGAACUGUUCGUCUCAGAGAUCAUCGUCCCAGUUCGAAGAUCCGUCGUUGAACGGCCCGGUUAGGAAGGCUAAGAGAGCUAAGAACGGGAAGAGGGAGAAGGUAAAGGCGUUGACAUCGUGGGUUCCGUCCAAUUCCACUACGUUGAUGGAGGCGCAGGAGUUUGGGGAGAUGAUGGAGCACGUGGACGAGGUGAAUUUUGCACUCGAUGGGUUAAAGAAGCAUCAGCCUGUGCGGAUCAGGAGGGCGAGCUUGUUGUCACUGUUGUCAAUUUGUGGGACUGCUCACCAGCGUACACUACUGAGGACUCAGGGGAUGGCAAAGACUAUAGUUGAUGCUGUUUUGGGUCUUAGCUUUGAUGACUCACCCAGCAAUCUGGCUGCUGCUGCUCUUUUCCAUGUUUUGACUAGUGAUGGCCAAGAUGAUCACCUUUUGGAAUCGCCUAGUAGCAUUCAUUUCCUAAUCAAAUUGUUGAAACCAGUAAUCUCUGCUGCUACUGUAGAUAAAGCGCGAAAUAUGGGCUCUAAGCUCUUAGCAUUGCGCAAAGAUUUUGGCAUCUCACGUGAUACGUCCACAGUGUCAGAUUCCAGUGCUGCAGCUAUUUUAUCCAAAGUUCAGGAAAUUCUUGUCAGUUGCAAAGAUGUGAAGUCAUGGGAUGAUGGUGAAAUGGAGAGGCUCGAGUUGAGCCCAAAGUGGAUGGCUUUGUUAACUAUGGAGAAGGCAUGCUUAUCUAAGAUCUCUUUUGAAGAUGCAUCUGGUGUAGUCAGAAAGACUGGGGGCAACUUUAAGGAGAAGUUACGAGAGCUUGGUGGCCUUGAUGCUGUCUUUGAGGUUGCGAUGGAAUGCCAUCGUGUUUUCAAGAGUAUGGUAGAAGUAGAACACAGUCCGCCUUCUACUCGAGAUGUAAAAGAUGAUUUGGAUCUACAAAGCCUUGCAAUACUGUUGAAGUGUUUGAAAAUAAUGGAAAAUGCUACAUUUUUAAGCAAAGAUAAUCAGACUCAUCUGCUUGGAAUGAGAGGAAAAUUGGCUACUCAUGGAUCGAAAUUAUCUUUUACAAAUCUCAUUAUAAGCAUCAUCAAAAUUUUCUCUGGUUUUUAUCUUCUUAAACAUCCUCCUGCCACCUCUGGUGAUGAAAAGUUUAGUCUGUUUGAUGUUGUGGACAACAAAGUAGACUCCAAUGAGACUAUGUCCAUCGGCUCUUCUAAAAGGUCUUCCAGCACAGGGAGGACCUCCUCCGAAAUAAGCCUCAUUCCAUCACAGAGAAGUUCAAGGGAAUUUGAUGCCCAUCACACUGUUUCUAGUUCUGAAACUGCCACCACAUCUAUGAGAGAUUCAUGCUUAAUAAAGACAGGAAUCAGCUCUUCUAGUUCUGGUUCAUGCCAUGGAGCAGUAUUAAGGAUUUCCAGCAGUGAAGCACUAGGAACUAGUGAUGGGACUAGAAUCAAUUUUGGUCAUGGUGAGAGAUCUUGCAGUUCAAAGGAUGUAUCAUGUGAACUUUUGGAAGAGAGUCAAGAUCCUUUUGCAUUUGAUGAAGAUGAACUCGAGCCCUCAAAAUGGGAGGUGUUGUCUGGGAAAGAAAAACCAUUUCAAAUUAAAAGAAAUAUCUUAAAGGACAAAGACUUUGGUUAUCAGUUUAUGACGAGUCAAGAAACUUCAAGUGAAUUGGAAAAUCACCAGGAAGAAUUAAGUGACUUGGAGCAUCGUCUUUCACUUGAAAACUUGUCUUCCCCUGCUGCCAACAAGGGAAAUUCUGGCCUUCUGUCAGACUGCCUCCUUACUGCCAUCAAGGUUCUGAUGAAUUUAACCAAUGAAAAUCCUGUUGGCUGUCAGCAAAUUGCGGCCUGUGGAGGACUUGAGACCAUGUCGUCAUUGAUUGCUGACCACUUUCCUUUAUUCAGCUCACCUUCACUUCCAUUCAUUGAGACAAAAGAAAACACUUCAAGCAUUGAACUACCACAUCGAAAUGAUCGACAUCUUACCGAUCAAGAGUUAGAUUUCCUUGUUGCUAUACUGGGCCUGCUUGUGAACUUGGUAGAGAAAGAUGCAUCUAACAGAUCACGGCUUGCCGCUGCAAGUAUUGUUUUACCUGCCUCAGAAGGAUUAGAAGAGGAGAGCCACAGGGACGUAAUUUCACUGCUGUGUUCCAUCUUUCUGGCCAACCGAGAGGCUGGUGACGCAUCUGCAGAAGGAAACAAUGUGUCAUGGGAUGAUGAGGCAGCUUUGCUGCAAGAAGAGAAAGAAGCUGAGAAGAUGAUUGUACAAGCUUAUGCAGCCCUGCUACUUGCAUUUCUUUCGACUGAAAGCAAAAGUGCACGUCAUGCAAUUGCCAGCUGCCUUCCAAAUCGCAACCUGACUGUUCUUGUACCUGUUCUAGAGAGAUUUGUGGCAUUUCAUUUGACAUUAAACAUGAUAUCACCGGAGACACACAUGGCCGUGAGUGAAGUCAUCGAAUCAUGUAGGGUGCCAUGAAAGCUCGAGAUAUGGAAAUCCUAAACAGCUUUCAAAUUGCCCUCAGAUUAACUCCUUGUUGCACGACAAUUUCGCUUAGUGGAUGGACGACUGGGGCACACACUCAGUGGUGGAACUAACAGUAUGAGUGUUUUAUACUUGAUUGACCCAAUCUUCAAUUUUUUUUUCCUUCCCUUUUAACUCCUGUUUUUCUUUCCUACGAUCUUCUUUUUGAAUGGUGCAGGCCGAGUCACUUUUCUACGAAAACUAUAGUAGAAUCAAAGUAGCUUCUCUCUCCAUGUAUUUUCCUAGUUGUAUUGCUGUUGAUUUUGGUUUUGCCAACUUUCCCCUUUUUGUUUGAAAAUUUCCACCCUAGUGUGAAUAGAAAGUAGGGUGUCUUCAUCCACGUUGGUAACCGUCAAUACCUUAUCUUUUGUGCUCCAUUAGUUUCUUUUUGUUAUGAAACAGCUAAAUAUGUGGCCAAUGAUUAUGUAGUAUGUUCCCCACCAGAUAGCAGCACAUCUAUGCCUGUGAAUUUCUUUUUUAAUACAAUAUUUACAAUCUGUUAUUCAACGUAGUUGUUGUACUGCCUUUUGCUCCCAA